GCUAGGCAGCGGCAGCGAGUGAUCGUAUAGUUACUUAUUCGCCUCAUCAGCAGCGACGAGCUUUUGUGAUUUUUAGUAGAGUUACGAUCGUCGUCGCGAGUGGAUUCAUCAAAAUCAGCACCGUUUAAGUUAGUCACCGAGAAACUUGAAGACCGAAAAAAAACCCAAAGAAAAAGAUUCAUUUUGGGCGAUUGUGUAAACCCCAAUUUUUUCAAAAGGUGUUUCGCUUGACGGUUGUUGCAGAUACAGAUCGGAAUUCGUAAUAUAACUGCCACUAAAAGACACACGCAAUGGCCGCACUAAAGUUGAAGCUGCUCUCCGCCUGCUCGGCGUCUCUGGUGCUGUUUGCGAUCGUGCUGGCCGUUCCCACAAUUUCGGCACAAUCCGAGGAGCAAGUUGAUGAUGCCCAGACAAACAACACGCUCGACUGCUGGAGCUGCAUAGGCCGAUACCGCACCUGGACCGAUUGCCAAAACUUGAAUGAGCGGGAACCUUGCGACGUGGAUCCGGCGACCGGAGAAGUUUCCUGUAUGUUGUCCCAGAUCCAGAUCGUACGGCCGGAUGGAGCCUUGCGGUACCAUCGACUUUCCGGGUGUGCCUUGAAUGAAACAGGACUUCAGACGGCAUUCCUCAAUUUGUUCGACGUGACUUUCGAGGAUGAUAAUAAUGUAACGCUCAAUCGAUUCGAGGUGUGCAAGGGCGAGCUGUGCAACGUGAUGGACGCUGAAGCCUUGAAGGUGGGAUCCCGAAGGGUUGUCCAGCUGAACGUGAUCGAUGUAAACGGGGCAUUUGGACGGGGUCCCCUGGUGGGAUUACUGGUUCUAGCUGUCGCAUUAACCCGAUGCUGGUAAAAUCAGCCGGCUGAACAUUUACAUGUAGAUACACUAAUUACUACUAAGCUCCACCCCUCAAGCCCACAAAACAUCUCUAGUUAAGAUAAGUGACUCAGUGAAAAAACAGAACGAGAAAAAAAAAACACAACGAACCAGGUGACGCGCGUGCGUGAUUGAUGAGCAAUCUCUCGGAGUGCGCCGGAAUUUCCAUCAAGCUCUGAAUGAAUUGGAACUGCUGCUGGCUGGAAACUUGGCAGUUUGUGUGCAGAUAAUUGAUUCCAGUUGUAGUCGUUAUUGGCAUGUGUUGAGCUGUGAUUUCGGCGUCUAGCUAAACUGAACUUGAGCCAAAUGCCGCCAGCAGCCUCUAAGCGUCGUCGUCAUCGUCUUUUGCUAGUCCGUGUCGGACCACUUGAGGCUGUCGUCGUCGGAGAGCAGACAUGACAUGGCAGAUGUAACGAAUUUUCCGUCCAAAAACCGUGGCCUCCAUUUUUUAAAUAUGUAGGUCCAGCCCACAGAGGUCGAAGAACUAGCUGGAGCGUGAAAUGAGAAUUUGAUGUGGGUUUAAGCACCCUUGAAGAACCAAAACCCAUCAAGAGGAGCUCAUCCGUCGAAGUCGAGUUUUGCUCAACGUUUUAUACAAAUCUAAUUUAGGCAAACCUAGGUUAAUGAGAAACGCAACUUGGUCGAUUAGUUAUUUGAAAUCCAGAAACAAUCAAAAUAAAAUAAUUUAAAACAACAUUAACAGAAAAAA